AUGGGUUCGGGCACCUUCGAACUUGCCGGUCGGCAGUUCCCAGCGGUGACAUGGUGGAAGAAUCCUGGAAUGAGAAAGACAUAUAUCUGUCUAGGAUUCGUGGUGCUCACGUCGGCCACAAAUGGUUACGAUGGAUCGAUGAUGAACGGUCUGCAGACCCUGCCUCCCUGGCAGGAUUACUUCAACCAUCCGAGUGGCUCUCUUCUGGGAAUUCUUAGUGCCAUCAUGUCUUUGGGAUCUCUGGCAGCUUUACCCGUCGUGCCUUAUAUUGCGGAUCUUUUGGGACGCCGGAUGGGUAUUUUGAUCGGUUGCCUGAUCAUGAUCCUGGGCGUUGUUUUGCAGAGCAUCAGUGCGAAUUACGGCAUGUUCUUGGCCGCGCGAUUUUUGAUCGGUUUUGGCGUCGCCAUCGCUCACGGCGCUUCUCCGCUAUUGAUCACUGAGCUGGUGCAUACCCAGCAUCGUGCUAUCUUCACUACAAUUUAUAAUACAACAUGGUACCUGGGUGCCAUUGUCGCAGCAUGGCUUACUUUUGGGACAAACAAUAUCACAAACAACUGGUCUUGGAGAACCCCAACAAUCGUGCAAGCUGCGCCGUCGGUCCUCCAGGUCAUUUUCAUCUGGUUCGUCCCCGAGUCACCCCGGUUCCUCAUCUACAAAGGCAAGCAUGAGCAGGCCCUCAAAGUUAUGGCGGAUUGCCACGCCAAUGGCGAUCAAGAUGAUGAAGUGGUUCAACUGGAAAUGCACGAGAUAAAAGAGACAAUCCGGCUGGAGAAAGAGCUUGAAAGCAACAGUUGGAUGGAACUGAUCCGCACCAAGGGCAACCGGCACCGGAUGAUCAUCUGCAUCACGGCCGGUCUGUUUUCUCAGUGGUCCGGAAACGGGCUCGUGUCCUAUUAUAUUUCCAAGAUCCUUGAUCGGAUCGGGUAUACCAGCUCUGUUGAGCAGAACCUGAUCAACGGCUGUCUCAACAUCCUCAACUUGAUCGUGGCCGUGACUAUGUGUUUCUUUGUGGACAAGGUCGGACGACGCAAGCUCUUCCUCAUCUCGACCGCCGGUAUGCUGGUGGCGUUCAUCGUGUGGACCAUUUGCUCCGCCCGGUAUGAGGUCAAUCACGCCUCCGCGGCCGCCAAUGCGGUGGUUGCCAUGAUCUACAUUUACUACUGUUUCUACAAUAUCGCUUGGUCCGGCCUUCUGGUUGGUUACACGGUGGAGAUCCUCCCGUAUAGUAUCCGUGCCAAGGGUAUGACAGUCGUGUGGCUUUGCAUUGAUGCCGCGCUCUUUUUCAACCAAUAUAUCAACCCCAUCGCCCUUGAUAACCUUGGCUGGAAGUACUACAUCUUCUAUUGUGUGUGGCUGGGGGUCGAGCUGGUCGUCGUCUGGUUCUUUUACAUUGAGACGCGUAACACCCCACUGGAAGAAAUUGCUCGCUACUUCGACGGCGACACAGCCAUCGUCGGCGGUGCUGCCGCUACCGAGAAGGCGCGAGAAUUGUCUAAUGCACUGCACGUCGAGGAAGUCGUGCCUGCCAGCGAGACACAGAAGGAACCGGGUCGCCUAACCGAAGAACAGCCACCUAAACUUACGAAGGCAGAAAAACAAGCCCGGAUCGUCUCCCACCUUCGCUCCACGGGGACCUGUCAUACCCUCAAAGACCUGGAGAAGAUGCUCCCCUCGGUCGCCUCGAUCAACGGGAUGCAAGUAAAGGAGUACCUGCACGAACUGGCCGAUGAGGGACAGAUCCGAAUGGAGAAGAUUGGCAGUGGGAAUUGGUAUUGGUCGUUCGCUGAAGAGGAAAAGAAGGAACGGGAACGACGGGUGGAAGAGCUCCAGAAAGAAGUGGAUCGUGUACGGCGCAGUAACGAGGAACUGGACCAACAAUUGGCGGUCAGGAAACGGCAGAAGGAGGAAGACGAGGCCACGCUGGAGGCUGGUGAGCGAGAGAAGUUGAUGCGGGAAAAAGCGGAGUUGGACGCCGAAUGUGGGCGGCUACGAACGGAGUGGCUGGCAGUGUCUACAAGGGAGAAAGAGGGGGAGAGGGAUUUAUUGAAUAAGGGGAUUCAGGAGUUGAAGGAUGAGGUGCAAGAGUUUCGACGGGAGGCGGAGAUGUGGACGGAUAAUAUCUACGUGUUGGAAGGGUAUAUCAAGAAAGUGGCCGGGGGGGAUCGAGAAGUGAUUGAGGCAAUACAGCGAGAAUGUUAUGGGGAAGAAUAUGUGGAAGGGGAAGGAUUACGCGAGUGGGAGUAG